CUGCCCUCCCGACGCCAUUUUUCGGUCUCGUACUCGCACUUCUGGUGGCUAGGGUGAGGGGGGGAAGAGCAGAAACAAGGGAAAGUAAAAAAUAUAGAUCUGUUAAGCCAGAAUCCCUCGUGAGCGUUCAGGGUUGCACGAGGGAACUACAGCUUAACAUUAGAGCACCUGAGAUGCAGGCACAGGAAACAAGCCGCUGCUGUGAAAUAAUUUUUUGUGUGAAGACGUGUUGCGGGCCGCCAUUUUUUUGCUGUGCUGCCUCAAAAGUCUACUCCGACUCGAGAAAGGGGAUACAAAAACGCACUUCCUUGACGCGUGCCUUACUGUAAAAACAAGAAGAUACGAAGUUGUUAUUUCGACCUCUACUCGCGGCAACUGGCAACUAUUAACAAACAUGAGGAUUGAACAGAUGAAAAACUGAGGCCACCUUUUCCGUUCUCAUAACUGACACUGACUGGAGGAGACGAAUUAUCAGAAGAGAAGCCUGGUGUUUUCUCGGAAGGCGGAACAAAAAAGGGAAGCUUCAUUGAUCAGUUGUUGCUUCGGUCUCCGUCGAUGUUUAUCUGUCAAAUGUCUACUGCAAGAUUUGAGUCAUCUGACCGGUCCGCCUGGUAUUUUGGACCUGUGUCACGACAAGAGGCACAGAAUAGGUUACAAGGACAGAGGCAUGGCAUGUUUCUUGUUCGAGACUCCUCGACAUGCCCUGGCGACUACGUACUGUCAGUGUCAGAAAACUCCAAAGUGUCUCACUAUAUCAUCAACUCUUUGCCCAGCAAGAGGUUUAAGAUUGGCGAUCAAGAAUUCGAGCACCUUCCUUCUCUACUGGACUUCUACAAGAUCCACUACUUGGAUACGACCACGCUGAUAGAGCCAGCACCCAGGUACCCAAGCACAGUGACAUGUCCCAUCCAGCCUGUGGGUGGCCCUGAGGAGAACCUGGAGUAUGUGCGGACUCUAUACGACUUCACUGGCAGUGAUGCAGAGGAUCUUCCUUUCAAGAAGGGAGAGAUCCUCAUCAUCCUGGAGAAACCUGAGGAGCAGUGGUGGAGUGCUAAGAGUAAAGAUGGACGUGUUGGGAUGAUCCCCGUGCCCUAUGUGGAGAAAUUGGUACGACCUUCCCCUCACCCUGGCCAGCCUUCCCAUGGAUCUCGCAACUCCAACAGCUAUGGAAUCCCAGAGCCCUCCCAUGCACUCGUCCAUGCCUACGCCCAGCCACAGACGCCUACACCAUUGCCCCCUGGGACACCUGGACCUGUCAUCACACCUCUACCGUCCAUGCAGAAUGGCCCAGUCAUGGCAAAGGCCAUCCAGAAACGUGUGCCCUGUGCCUACGACAAAACAGCUCUUGCUCUAGAGGUCGGCGACAUCGUCAAGGUGACAAGGAUGAACAUCAGCGGUCAGUGGGAGGGAGAGGUGAACGGACGGAGGGGUCUCUUCCCAUUCACCCACGUCAAAAUCAUAGACCCCCAGAAUCCAGAUGAGAGUGACUGACCUUAAGAGUCCGACUGGACCCUCUAGCCAGUAUCGACCCAUACCUGAAUGUGCUGGCUGUCUCCAUCUUUCCCCGCCAGUGCCACCGCGGUCACACAUGCUUGCCUGCUUGUCUCGGUACAAUGAUAGCGACCCCUCUGUUGUUGGCGACCGUCAUGAGGCUUUCUGACUGUUUACAGCUUUGGACAUUGGAUCCAAACUACAAACCUGACCCCACUUCUCCCGGGCCUGUUCCCUAGUGUUUUUUUGGUUCCUGGCUGGACAGUGUGUUCGCAUUUUAGUGUCCUUUUCAUUUCCAGAUCACUGGGCAUCAGUGUGAGUGUGUCUGUGUGUGCGUAUGUAUCAGUGCAUGAGUGUGUUCGCAGUAGACAUUUGCCAUAACAUUUAAAAAUUUGAUUCUCUGGAUAUUUGUCAUGUUUGAAGUCUUUGGGGAAUUUGGAGUGUGUUGGUGUGCUUUGUUGAUGUGGGUAGAUCUUUACGAAGUAGGGAAACACGUUAUCCCUAUGGACUUGAGAGAGCACUAAGGCAUCGAGGAACUAACCAGCCGGUCAGAUGUUACUUCUCCAAACAAUCAAGUCACUGUUGUACCUUAACUAGCACAUAGUGCAUACACGGACACUCAUCUGCCAUGAGAAAUUCAGGCUGACAGGUUUUUGAUGUGUACGUGAUGUGCAACUGGAGUCGGAAGGAAGCAGGAGUCAUGAUUUGCUCUUCAACCUGGCACAAAUCCAGCUGACAAGUUAUUUAUCUUUAGUUUGUUAGACAUGACAAGGCCAUAUGUGAGUUUAUCUUUUUCUUAUUUGUGCCACAAGAUCAACCAUAGUUCUCAUUUUGUUGAAUUUGUGAUUGGAGAUGUAUGGUAAAGGGGUAACGUUGCAUGUCUACUUCUUACCUCUCUUUACUGUCCGACACAUUAUUUUCAAACAAAAGGACAUUACUUAGAGGUUAGUAGGUUUGUCGUGCCAACAGCACCAAGCACUAGAAGAUGAAUAACAAUUCUGCAUAGGCGUGCAAAAGCUUUGACCAGGUUUAAAAACUUAGCAACAGCAGUAGCCCUGGCCAGCACUUUCCACAAGCAUCUGACUACCAGGCUAGUGUAGUUAGGGCACAACGAUCGGCUGCUUUCUACGAAGGUGAGAUACAGUGGCUUAGGUCGGAAAAGGAAAAAAAAUCAGUAAAGCCAAUGAGAUCCCAUUAAUGCCUUUUUCAGAGGGUAGUAUGAAUGCAUCUUCGAGCGCAUGCAAUACCCUCUCUAACUUUGUUUUUAAUGUGAUGUUACCCGUGUCAUGUUAGGAUUUCAGACAGCUUUAUUCCUGAAAUAUUUGGUCUGUGCACAAUGUCUCUUUAUGCAAACAGACUGUAUCCAUGUGGAGGAAAGCAUUUUUUGUUCAGACUGUGCUGCAAACAAUAGCAUUCAAGUCGCCGCUCAGGAUUGAACAGUAGUGCAGACAAGUUUAAUUUCUGCUGUAAAGUGAACUAUCCCCCUGUCUUUCUUCAUGCUUUUUAUUGAAAGCAUUGAAUGGCCGUCACUCAGAAUUGUAUUGUGCAGCUUUUGGUUCCCUUUCCCUCCAAUAGUUUCUAGUCUGCUUUUUAAAUCAAGUGUUUUUUGUUAACAAUGAGUGAUGUUAAUAAAAGUACCUAUGGUGACAUUUACAAAAGGGAAAAAUGCCUGCUGGUUGCCUCUGUGCAUGACCUCUUGGCUUGGGGAGAUGUUCUUCUCAGCCAAAUGCUGCUUAAUGUCAUUUUGUUUCCUUAUUAAAUAAAGGUUUCUUUUAUUUGAAUACCUCCUGGUCCGUGCAAACAAACCAGUGUGGGUUUUUCCUCAUCAGACAUAAUGAAAUCUACUAAUUAAGCAAUACACCCUGAUUCUUUCUUUUGUUGAGGUGAACUUGCUUUUCUCAUGCUUCUAAAUUGUUUUUCUAAUGGCAUUAACAGUAUUACUGUGCUCUCUUCUCAUAUUCUAGAAAAGCCUGUCUUUUACUUAAGAAUUGAAAAUUGUGCCUUUUAUUUUCUUAUACCAUUUACAUGUGUUAAUAUUUCCCAUGGUUAACACCUGUGCUGGUAUUGACCCUUUAUGUACAGAACAAGUAAAUAAAAUUUACGUCUACUUCUUUAA